UGACGUUACUCAGGUUUUCUUAGGUCAAUGUCAGUUUCUAUUACCUUGCCUUCAGUAAUCAUUUGAAUCUAUUCUGAAUUUGAAAUCCGAAAUUGAAUUUAUAUCAAUGUCUGUUACUUAUAUACCCAAACGUUGCGUAAGUCUGGCUGUUCAAAAAAUUGUCUACAACUUGUCUGGUUUCAAAAAGUACGGUUUGAUGAGGGAUGAUCUAUUAGAUGAAGAUAGAGCCGAUGUGCAGGAAGCCCUCAAAAGAUUGGACGAAAAAAUCCUCGAUGAGAGGAAUUACCGUUUAAUUAGAGCUGCACAAUUGUCUCUUGAGAAGCAUAUCUUGCCGAAAGAACAAUGGACAAAGUUUGAAGAUGACAAAUUGUACCUUACUCCAAUUGUUAAACAAGUUCGCAAAGAAUGGGAAGAAAUGGAAGAAUGGAACAAGAAGUACUGAGCAUUAAUAUCCGAAAAUGAAUUUGUUGAUUAUUCAAUCAUCGAUUUUUAAUAUGUUUGACUGUUAAAAUGAAAAAAUCAAUGUUUAGUAUGUUAAUUUUUAUGAUGAGAAGGAAAUUUUCGAUUCUGGUUUUUUCUUCCAUAUACUUGUUCGAAAAAAUGUUUUCUUGUUAAUAACCCUAUAUAGGUAAUAGCUAUAUAGUGUGUUAAUCAAUAGUUUUUGAAAAUUGAACUGAAAAUAAAAAAAAAACUAUGAUACCAAAAAUUUCACCAAAUAUA